AUGACCAACUCUUACCUCCCGGCUUCCUUCACAGAAUUCCUCUCCUGGCCUGUUCGCCGAGACGAUGCGCCCGAGUUCAAAAGCGACCGGAUCCUCACCAUGGGUAUUGUCGGGGGCAUCAUUCUUCUCUUUAUCGUACCGCCUACCUGGUAUUUCAUCGCCAGGACCAUUCGACUCCGUCGGGCGAGGGCUAAGGGUAAAGAUGUUGAGCAGGGUGCACAGACUUCCCUCACCCUCGUCCGCCGCAAUGAGGUCGGAGAACUUCCCGAUCACAAGACCACCUAUCUCAUUCUUGGCAUCUGCUCUGGUGUCUGGCUCUGCAUUGUUCUUACUUGGUACGUUGUGAAAUGCUGCCGGAAGAGAAAACUCAAAGAUGCUGAGCAGGGUCCUGAGCCGUCAACAGUCGAGGCUGGUCCUCGCUGA